AUGGGGAGCGAGUCGUACCACCAAACCCACGUCGCAGCAGCACCGCCGCCUCAGACUCAGCUGCCGCGCAAGCUCCCCAUCGGCAGAGACGCCGUUUGGAGGGCGCUGGCUGUGGCUGGGGACUUUCCCCAUUACCAGAUUCGGAGCAGCCUUCCCUCCUUCCCGCCCCAGAACCAGAAGCUGGGUGUCAGGAGUGGCCCAGGAGAGCACCCCGUCCCCUGGCCCGCAGGUGGUGUUUGUUGGCUCCAGCAGGGCCAGGAGGCCACCUGCAGCCUGGUACUCCGGACUGACGUCACCCGGGCCGAGUGCUGUGCCUCCGGCAGCAUUGACACCGCCUGGUCCAACCUCACUCACCCGGGGAACAAGAUCAACCUACUUGGCUUCUUGGGCCUUGUCCACUGCCUUCCCUGCAAAGGUGAGACCCCAGGCCAGAAGCAGGGGCGCGUUUACACUUCCGAGGGAGUAUUACGGGGUGGGGUCUUUUGUAGGGUUGGGAUUUGGAAAGUAGUGGGCCUCUGGGGCUCACAUUGGGCGAGAGAGUCCUGUGAGCGCGUGGUGUGCCCGCGGCCACAGUCGUGCGUCGUGGACCAGACGGGCAGCGCCCACUGCGUGGUGUGUCGGGCGGCGCCCUGCCCUGUGCCCUCCAGCCCCGGCCAGGAGCUUUGCGGCAACAACAACGUCACCUACAUCUCCUCGUGCCACCUGCGCCAGGCCACCUGCUUCCUGGGCCGCUCCAUCGGUGUGCGCCACGCGGGCAGCUGCACAGGCACCCCUGAGGAGCCGCCAGAUGGUGAGUCAGAGGAAGAGGAAGAGAACUUCGUGUGAGCCUGCAGGACAGGCCUGGGCCUGGUGCCCGAGGCCGCCCCCCACCCCGUUAUUUAUUGCCACAGCAGAGUCUAAUUUAUAUCCCACAGACACUCCCUAGGGCCUGGAUUCGGACCACUUGGGGAUCCCAGAACCCCCCUGGAAGGACUGAGGAAGGGAGGCCUGGGGGCCGGCUGGUGGGUGGGGUAGACCUGCAUUCCGGACACCGAGCCCCUGAUUUAGGGCCUUUUUCUAAGAAGCUCCAGCCCCUACCCUAAGACCUAUUGCUGGGGAGUACUCCACACUUCUGCUCUGCUCCUUUGGGGAUAAACCUGUUAAUUAUUGCUACCAUUAAGAGGGCUGGACAUUCCCUGCUGGUAAUUCCUGAAGAGGCAUGACUGCUUUUCUCAGCCCCAACCGUCCUAGAACAGGGGCCUUGGGCUUAGGCCAGGAGGAGCAGAGGAGGUCUAGCCUGGGUGUGUACGGAGGGUCUAGCCUGGGUGAGUACGGAGGGUCUAGCCUGGGUGGUCUAGCCUGGGUGUGUAUGGAGGGUCUAGCCUGGGUGUGUAUGGAAGGUCUAGCCUGGGUGUGUACGGAGGGUCUAGCCUGGGUGCAUGUGGGGACCUCAGAACACUGUGACCUCAGUCCAGCAAGCCAGGCCCUUCAUGAAGGCCAAGAAGGCUGCCACUGUCCUGCCAGCCCAAGAGCUCCAGGUUCGCCACUGCCUCUGUAUGUCCCUUCCCAUCCUGCGAAGGCCAUUGAGAAAUGCCCAGUGUGACCCAUGGGAAGGGGCACGGCCUGUCCUCCUGACACGGGCCGUGCUCAGCCACAGAACCGCCCAGCGCCUACCCUGCUGCCGUCCACGGUCAGUUCACUAGGCGACAUCACAUGGUCUCAGGCAUGCGGCAGCCAGCGGCAGCUCAGCGCAGGGCACUAUGUCCAGCGGAGCCCAGUCCACUGUGGGGGGACUCCGGCAGGGACCACGGACCCCUGCUCACCCACUGGCCCCGAGGCGGGUGUAGACACCAAGACUCACACAUGUGUGACAUCUGGAGUCCUGGAGCCGGGUGUCCCAGCAGCACCACUAGGCGCCUGCUGCCUCCACAGUGGGGUUCACACCCAGAGCUUCUCGGUCCCCUACAUGUAGCCCGCCCCGGCUACAUGCCAGACCUGCCUCACCCACCAGCACAGCCGGAGCUGGCGACACCAGCCAGGUGCUGGUCUUGGGCCAGUUGUCCCACGACGGCUCACCCUCCCCUCCAUCUGGGUUGUCGCUCAGAAUUGCCUACCUGUGCCUGCGUGUAAACCAGAGCCUCAGACCAGCUAUGGGGAGGGGACAACGUGGAGGAAAUCCAGCUUCCCCGGUCUGGGGUGAGGAGUGCUGGGAGCUUGGGCAUCCUCCUCCAGCCCCCAGGCAGUGCCUUACCUGUGGUGCCCAGAAAAGUGCCCCUGGGCUGGUGGGUCUACGGGAGCCUCAACCAGGCAGCCCUCCCCACCCUGGGGCCCUGCCUCACCAAAGAAAUAAAGACUCAAGCCAU